AUGGAUGUGGCUUCUGCAUUAAGUUAUCUUCACAAUCAUUGUGAGCCAAAAAUCAUUCAUUGUGAUUUAAAGCCAAGUAAUAUUCUUCUUGAUAAUGAGAUGAUUGCUCAUGUAAGUGAUUUUGGUUUAGCAAGGCUCCUCACAACUACUAAUGAUUCUUCCCAAAAGCAUACAAGUACAAUCGAGUUAAAAGGAUCUAUCAGCUACACUGCUCCAGAGUAUGGCAUUGGUGGUGAGGCAUCAGCUGAAGGGGAUGUAUAUAGUUUUGGAUUCCUUGUAUUGGAAAUGUUCACUGGAAGGAGGCCCACUAAUGAUAUGUUUAGAGAUGGUUUGAAUCUCCAUAACUUUGUUAAGAUAGCACUACCAACAAGACUUGUUCAAAUUGUCGACCCACUGCUUUUGCCAAGAGAAGCUAUAGAAAUGGGAGCAGCAACUACAACAAUAAUGGCAAAAGAAGAAGCUGGUGACAAUGUGACAAUGCCAAUGAAAUUGAAGUAG